GACGACGACGAAGAGGACGACGACAAGGACGAAGAAGAACCGAGCACGCCACCGCCGUCGAUGCCGCAAGCUCGUGCUGAUACCGCGCCCCGCGUGCGCACGGCCAUGCAGGAGGUCCAAGCCGCCCAACAAGCACGCAUCGAAGAGCGCAUCCAGCAGCUCAAGAAGGCCAAGGCCUAG